AUGAUCCUGACGGCCUCCACCGCUGGUCUUCUUCGACAGCUCACCGACCGUCUUCGCACUGAGUUCGCGUUGAAGGAUCUUGGCCCGCUCCACUACUUCCUCGGCAUCGAGGUUGUACGGCGUGCGGACGGGUUCUUCCUCCAUCAGUGGAAGUAUGCCCACGAGCUUCUCGAGCGUGCAGGGAUGCUUAACUGCAACCCUGCGCCUACUCCUGUCGACACGAAGGCCAAGCUCUCCGCCAGUGAUGGGUCGCUGGCGUCGGACGCGCCGUUCUACCGCUCCAUCGUCGGUGCUCUUCAGUACUUGACGCUGACGCGACCGGAGCUCCAGUACGCCGUGCAGCAGGUGUGCUUGCACAUGCAUGCUCCUCGGGAUGCUCAUUGGGUCGCGGUGAAGCGGAUUCUCCGCUACGUAUGUGGUACCAUGGGCUACGGCUUGUCGUUGCAUGCUUCGCUCUCGAAGUUGACUGGCCUUGUCGCCUACUCGGACGCGGACUGGGCGGGUUGCCCGGAUACGCGCCGUUCCGGCUACUGCGUCUACCUUGGCUCGUCGCUCGUCUCUUGGUCCUCCAAGAGGCAGCCCACCGUGUCUCGCUCCAGUGCUGAGGCUGAGUACCGCGCCGUGGCUAACGUUGUGGCUGAGUGCACAUGGCUUCGUCAGCUUCUGUCCGAGCUCUCUUGUCCUGUUGACAAGGCUACGGUGGUAUUCUGCGACAACGUGUCGGCUGUCUACCUCUCCGCCAAUCCCCACUAG